UUGUGAAGUAUGGAGAAUGAGAAAAUCCCUGUGCAUCAAAGGCAUCAGUCUGAGGAUUCCGAAAGAUUAUCAUAUACAAAAAUGGUUAUGUUACUGGUGGGAAUUGAAAUAUUAGUGAGUCUGGUAAUCACAUUGUCCUUGUCAGCAAUGUAUGUCAUCACAUCAAAAUCCAAUUAUAUACACAUUCGCUCAUAGAUCACCAUACAUAAUUAAUCGGAUCAGCUGUAUGACAAUAUUCACAAUUAUAUUCGCGGUGAUAGCUGAUAUGUCAGCAGUAUUACUUCUUGCUAUCCCGAAAAUUAGACAUCUCUUCCCACUCAACAUCAUCAUUCUCUUUGUAUACACAAUAUCCGCAUCUUUCGUAGCCGGCUUUCCGUUUGCCUGUAUGAAUAUUCUCUGGGCGUUAGCAAGUUGGGGAACAACCUUGGUGGUAUUCUUCUCCACUGUAGUAGGUGGGGCAUAUAUUCGGGUGAAACUGUUGGAUUAUUGGCUCACAUUAUUAUCAGUUGUCGUUUCUGAAUUCAUUGCAACAUUAAUCGCCACCAUUGUGUUAUCUGCCAUAGGACAUUUAGAAAUAGCAAUGAUUAUUUUUGGUGGAGGUAUGGCUGUUCUAAUAAUUAUUUUGGCUAUCAUUUCUGGUCAGAUAACACUUAGUCAGCAUGGAAUACGUACAACAUCUCCUGACUACUGUUUGGCAUCGAUUAUCCUGCAUGCUGUCUCACUUCUACUAUUUAUCAUCAGUGCAUUAGAAUUUUAUUUCACUUUACCGAAUACACCUAAAAAGUGUAAUUUACUAUCAAAGAUGUUUUAAAUUUCUCAACAUUAGAUUUGUAUACUAUUCAGUUAGUGAAAGACAUUUAGUCAAAUUAUUUUUUAAACUUUUAGUUUCUGUGACCAAUUUGACGCUUUAAAAA